AUGUCGACCGACCCCCACCCCGGUCCCGGUCUAGGGGACCUGGAGAAAGAACUCAUCUGCUCGAUCUGCACGGAUCUGCUCUACCAGCCUCUCACCCUCCUGGACUGCUUGCACACCUUCUGCGGCUCCUGUCUCAAAGAAUGGUUCUCUGCACAAGCCUCCCGCGCCCGGUCAUCAUCAUCCGUCCGGUUCACAUGUCCGUCCUGUCGCGCGGUUGUCCGCGAAACCCGCCCUAAUGCUACCGUCACCACAUUACUGGAUAUGGUUCUGGCGGCGAGUCCCGACCGGGAUAAGUCGGCGGAGGAGAAGGAGGAAAUUGCGCGGAGAUAUAAACAUGGUGAUUCGGUGUUUCCUACUUUGCCUUCGGCUGAACGGGGGAGCGAUGCGUCGGAUGAUGAGGAUCGGCGGUUGCUGGAGGAGGUAAGGGAAUUGAGUCUGCAGGAGAGUCGGGUUCGGACGAGAGAUACUACGGCUUCUACUGGUCAUCGGUCGAGGCAGUCGUCGCGGACUCGUCGCACGGAUUCAAGUGCUGAUGUGGAUGGGGCGCGACAACGACGGCGUGAGGAGGAGCGUGCUGCGCGGCGACGGCAGGGGGAGACUGUUUCGGAACGCAAUAGACACAUCGAGCAUCAGUCUAGUUUGCGGUCGUUGUUGAGUCUGUCGGAUACGGAAACGAUACAGGACCAGAUUCUACGGCAGAUUCUGGAGGAGGGGCUGCUGGAUGAUAUCGACUUGGAUAAUCUGGCUCCCGCGCAGGAAGAGGAGCUUAGUGAGCGCAUCGCUGAUGCUUAUCGUCGGAGGCACAGAUUGCGGUCUCGCUCGCAGCAACGGUUGGAGGCUCGGGAGACACAUCAACCGUCGUCACGGGCUCGGGCUCGCUCGCAGUCUACGCAGAGACCACAGGAAAGUUCUACGCCGACCGAGUCUGCUCGGAGUCCUCCUGUGUCGAGACCGUAUCUGCUAGAUCCGCUUGUGGCACGCAAUGGAGCUUCGGGUCAUCAGAGACGAUUGUCGGAUCAGGGCAGCAGUCGCCGGCGAACGUCUCCUGUGCCUGCGAAUCCUGCGUCUUCAUCGGAGGUCACGCUGAGGCCUGCAGCGCGGUCGUCUAGUGAUGUGGUUACUGAUCGACCCCGAAAUUCGCAGGCUGCCCGAGUGCGAACGGAUUCGUCCGUGCCACGGUCUCGGCGUGCUACGGCGUCUGAGCAGAACACUCCGAACAUCUGGGUGGAAGGCACCAGGGAACGUGCCAUCCGACGAGCCCCGGGUAGGUUAUCCAUCGAUUCACCACGAGUGGUUGCAGCUCUUGAGCAGAACACACACACUGGUUCCUCGCCAGCGAGCCCUGGGAUGGUCGUCCCUGUGACUAGUUCCUUAGUGGCAGAAGUUGGAGGAACAGGUAGAUCAGAGGCGCGAUCUCGACCAUCUUCAUCUCGGUCCAAUGCGCCUCGCUCUGCUAUCACGUUCAGUGAACCAUCUAUCUCAUGCGACCGAUGUGGCAAGGAGAAGAUACAAUACGAUCUACACAAGAAGUGCCCCAAAUGCAAUGAUGGCAAAUACAACCUGUGUUUGAGGUGCUAUCGCACCGGCGAAGGGUGUCUCGAAUGGGCAGGCUUCGCAAGAUCGGCAGAAGCGGGCUUUGAACGCAUUAUCGCUUCUUCAAGCGGCCAUCCCCCACCACUACGCAGCUCCCAGCAGCACAUCCUACUGUCGUGCAAGUACCGUCGAGCACCAGACACAGCCUACCGUUCCGACCGAGACGGACGAGUCCUGACCACCGACGACCCAGUGAACAGACUAACCACCGGCUUCUUCUGCGAUAGCUGCCAAUCUCCAGCCAACGACUGUUACUGGAAGUGUGACCAGUGCAACGAAGGUGACUGGGGUUUUUGCAACCGCUGCGUGAACCAAGGACGAUGCUGCACCCAUGCCCUUCUCCCAAUCUGCCGCAUCCCACCCAACAGCAACUCAUCCCCAACCGCAACCGACAGCACACCCUCCCCAUCUCUCGAAACCUACAAGAUCCUCUCCAUCGCAACAAACUGCGACAUCUGCACACACCCAAUCCCAGACUCCACUCCCCGCUUCCACUGCCUCCAAUGCAACAACGGCGACUACGACAUCUGCACCAACUGCUACCUCCGCCUCGUGGCCAUCGGCAAGAUCCGUAAAGAGAACGGCCACAACGGCUGGCGCCGCUGCCUAAAAGGCCAUCGCAUGGCGGUAAUCGGCUUCGAAGACCACGAAGAAGGCCAACGCCGCGUCAUCCUCCGCGACCUCGUCGGCGGCCGUGCCCUGAACGACGACCACCUCAUCCAACCCUCCUCUCCAGCAGCCUCCCCAAUCACCGCUAUUUCUUCUUCCAACUCCACCAUCGCCUCCCCCGAAAUCGGCUCCGGUGACUGGAGCUGGAAAGAGGGCUCCGAGCGACGCAAAAAGGCCUCGCGCAUUAGACCCUGGACUAUCGGUGUCCGUGAUCGUGAUCGUGACCGGUCCUCCGAACCAAGUACACCCACCAUCACCACAUCUUCCCCCUUCACCACAUCCAACCCAGCUAUAUCCUCUCAGAUAUCAUCUCCCCCCACCACUCCUAAUACUACGAUGAUGACUCCGACCAACACCCGCCGCUACCCACCCGACGGCGGCGUCGGAUUAGUCGUCCAUGCCCUGUGGUCAUGGUACCCCGAAGACGGAGUCAAAGAUGAAUUGAUGUUUCCGCGCGGCGCGGAAAUUACUGAGGCAGAGAAUAUCAAUGAUGAUUGGUACUGGGGGUGUUAUGCUGGGUUGACGGGGUUGUUUCCGGGGGCGCAUGUGUUUGUUGCGGGGGAGGUGGUCUAA